AGAGCUUCAACGUCACACUCCAGAAAUGAAAGUGUAGUGUCAUCCACGCUGCAGUCGAGACAAGUCUCUGUUUCUCUCUGAAAGAAAAGUCAAACUGACUUCAUCAGGUCUUUCUCAACAACACAGCAGAGUCUCUGCCAAACACUGAUAUGGCUGCUGCAAACUAUCUGUCAUCUGAAGAUCAGUUUCUGUGCUCCAUCUGUCUGGAUGUGUUCACUGAUCCUGUCACCACAUCAUGUGGACACAACUUCUGCAAGAACUGCAUCACAGAACACUGGAAUAAUAAUGACCAGUACCUGUGUCCGAUGUGCCAGGAGGGUUUUACUAUAAGACCUGAUUUGAAAAUCAACACUUUCAUCUCUGAGAUGGUUGCUCAGUUCAGACAGUCAGCUCAACAGAAAGCCAGCAGCAGCAAGACAGACCAGACAUGUGUCUGCAUGCGCUGCCCUGACCACAAGACGCAUGAUGUUGUUCCUCUGAAAGAAGGAUAUGAAGGAAAGAAGGCCGAGCUGGGGAAGACAGAGGCUGAAAUUCAGCAGAUGAUCCAGAAGAGACGACUGAAGAUUCAGGAGAUCAAACACUCAGUCGACCUCAGUGAGGAAGAUGCAGACAGAGAGAUAGCAGAAGGUGUUCAGGUCUUCACUUCUCUGAAGGAGUCUGUUGAGAGAGGCCUGAAUGAGCUCAUCGACACGAUCAAAGAGAAGCAGAAAACAACAGAAAAACAGGCCGAAGCUUUCAUCAAAGAGCUGGAACAGGAAAUCUCUGAGCUGAUGAAGAGAAGCACUGAGGUGGAGCAGCUCUCACGCUCUGAAGACCACCUCCAUCUUCUCCAGAGUGUCCAGUCCCUAAACAUCCAACAACCUCCACCCACCAACGACUGGACAGAGGUCAGGGUCUGUCCAUCAUAUGAGGGGACUGUGGUGAGAGCUGUGGCUCAGCUGGAGGAGAUGCUCAGUAAAGAUGUGAAGAAGCUACUUCAGUCUGAGCUGAAGAGGGUCCAGCAGUAUGCAGUGGAUGUGACUCUUGAUCCUGAUACAGCACAUCCUGAUCUCAUCCUGUCUCAUGAUAGGAAACAAGUACGUCCUGGUAAGGUAAAAAGAAAUCUCUUGGACAACCCAGGGAGAUUUUCUGAAUGUGUUUGUGUUUUGGGAAAGCAGAGUUUCUCUUCAGGCAGAUUUUAUUUUGAAGUUCAGGUUAAAAGAAAGACUGAAUGGACUUUAGGAGUGGCCAGAGAGUCGAUCAACAGGGAGGGACAAAUCACAGCGAGCCCUCAGAAUGGUGUGUGGAUAAAAUUGUUGAGAAAUGUAAAUGAGUACAAAGCUCGUGCUGGCCCUUCAGUCCUCUCUCUGAAGUCUCGGCCUAAGAAGGUGGGGGUGUUUGUGGAUUAUGAGGAGGGUCUGGUCUCCUUUUAUGACGUAGAUACUGCAGCUCUUAUCUACUCCUUUACUGGCUGCUCCUUCACUGAGAAACUCUUCCCAUACUUCAGUCAUUGUGGUGGUAAAAAGUCUACAGCUCUGAUCAUCUCUCCUGUCAGAAUAAACUAAUCACUCAUCUCAUUUCAUUUAAGGAGAUUCACUGCAGGUGAAUAGGGAAAAUAGUUAUAGAAACCAGUUGAUUACUUACAUUAAGACAAUUAUCUUUUGUAUUUAAAGUUUUCUGAAAUAUGCUAAUGAGACCAGACCUAAUGCUAACUUGUGGUUAAUUUAGGAGAAAUUUACAGGUGCAGAAAGACAAAGUGUAGUAAAAUAACCUAAAAUGUGUAUUUCGGAUAUUUCCCCCUGACCAGUCUAAAAGAC